UUGCGAGAGAAAUGUCGCUCCUACGUCGAGUAAUGUGCAGGACUACCGCCACCUCCUUGCAGUUAUUUACUUCCCGCUGCGCGUCUUCUAAAGAUACCGAUGCUCCACUCGACCUAAAUACGGCCUUGGCCCGUCCCGAGGACUUGGAGAAACACAGCAAAUUGAGUGGAACGAUCACCGUGCCCACAGCCGUAGACCUGAGUCCCAUUUCAGGUGUGCCCUCGCAGCAGCUGAAGGAGCGUCGUGUGCGCAUCCACAUACCACCCAAGAAUGCCAUGCAGAGCGGCACAAACUACCUCAACAAGUGGCUGAUUGAGUUCGACAAUCGGGAGCGAUGGGAGAACCCCCUAAUGGGCUGGGCCUCCUCUGGCGACCCGUUGUCCAAUUUAAAUUUGCAGUUCGGAUCCAAGAACGAGGCCAUCACCUACUGUGAACGCAAUGGCUGGCGUUGGUAUGUCGACAAAGACAGCGACAGAGGACAAAAACCCAAGAAGCAGCGCUUCAAGAGCUACGGGGUCAACUUCUCCUGGAACAAGCGCACGCGUCUCUCCACCAAGUAGAUUGGAGCUUUGAGGGGAUUAACAUGAUCACUCGAUGAACCAUCAAUGUACACAAAAGACACAAAACGAAAUGAAUACUCGCUAAGGAGAGCACAUAUUACCCAUUUAUAUACUAUAAGAACUGAAAACAAUUGAAGUGUAUUUAUUCCUGUUAAUAUACCGACACACACAUGU